AUGUUUCCUGUACUAAAGAACAUAACUGUCUGCGACACCUUGAGCGUCGAGAAUAUCUCAGAAUUGGAUUCAGGGGUGUACAUCUGUGAGCUGGAAAUAGGACAAGAAGGGUUUCGAGGAAAUGGUACAGAGGUCAUGGUGACAAAAAGAGAAAACACAUAUGACAACAAAACUGACAACUCAGCUGAGGGUAGGUGAUUAGUGUAGGAGAUUUGCAAAACAAACUUGAAAGAGGCUAAGCAACUAUACCUAUAUGUAUGAGUAAAAACAGUUCAUAAAGUUUCAGCCUCAGACACGCCUCCUGAUCAUUAAAUUGAAUUCCAUUGCCAGUCCCACUUCCCUUGACUCAACACACAAAGUGUAUGUCUGUUUGUGUCUCAUUGUUGAUGUGUCUUCAGGCAUAUUUGUCGUGACCCAGAGUCCUGAUGUCUCCAUCGUGGAAGGUGAGACAAUGAACAUCACCUGCUGCUGGAAAGGGGAGAUUGACAGAGCCAAAGUUCACUGGGUGAACAAUACAACAAGAGCAAUGGGGCAUUUAAUCUUUCGAUCUCACAUUUUUGAAAAACAUCUGCCAAAGAUGACAUCUGCUUGCUUGACAUGGACCUCCCCAAACACCAGCAAAGCUGAUUCAGGGAGAUACAUCUGCAGGGUGGAAGUAGAGCUACCAGCACUCACUGUGGCUGAAGGAUAUGGUACUGUGGUCACAGUGAUGACCAACGAAAACAGUGAAAACAUCGUUGACAACCCUACAACUGAAUGCACAGAUCUCACCGAAGCAGAUGCAGGGAACACAUCUGUCCAAUAUGACCCCAUGGAUAAAGGUAGGAUAUCAGUCACCAGUGAUAUUACACACACACACACACACACACACACACACACACACACACACACACACACACACACACACACACACACACUAAUUUUGAAGUUGUAACCAUUUUAAACUCUUUAUAUAUACAGGGAUUCCGCCUUUUUUCGCCUGGAGUCCUGAUGAAAAUACACUGAAAGACGACGACAGAGGCAGGCUAAUAUCAUCAAACACUUUAAAACAACUCAAAGUCAAUGCAACUCAAUGCAACUCCAAAGGCUUUUUUGUGUCUCUUUGUAGGUGCACCAUCAAGCAAGCCUGUUGUGUCCCAGACUCCUAAAGUCUCUGCCAGGUUUGGGGACACAUUGAAGAUCACCUGCUGCUGGACAGGAGAGUUUGAAACAGGAAGAGUCAUAUGGCUAAAAAACACACCAUCAAACAUGGAGAUUUUCACCUCUCAGAACCACUCUCUAGGGUCCCUGCAGAAGGAGAUUAAUAACUGUUCCCUCUUGACCUUUACGAAAAUCAGAAUGAAGGAUUCAGGAAAAUACAUCUGCAAGCUGGCUGUGGAGAAACCAGAAUUGACUGAGGUUGUAGGAAGUGGGACUGUGAUCAACGUUUGUGGUUUCCUUGACUGGACAGGUUUCCACAUGGCUGAGGGUAGGUUACUGAUCAAAAGUGAUAAACACUUAGCACAGCAUCUUCAUAACAAUCAGAAAGUAAAUGUUUGAAUUCAAUACAGGUUUUCAAUUAAAAGGGCAGAGAAAGAAAGGGAUGAAGAGGGUUGAGUUAGCUGAACCCAGAGGAGACUCUGAGUGGGGGUACAUCUGGACAAGCUUCUUCAAUGGUACCUGUGUUAAGAAGACUGGAGAAGAGGACAGAGUAUAGAGAAGAGACAGGGGGUCUGGGAGGGAGGGUCUUUCCAACUGAGACAAUGGGUAAGGGAGGUUUAUAUAGACAUCACAGGUGGUUGCACAGGUGGUCAAAUGAGUGACCUGGGUGUGGUCAUGUUCCUGAAAAAGAAAGCGUAUUCAAAAAUGCCUACCCACUGGGAUGCUACUGUAUACUGUUCAGCAUCAAUGGACUUCCUGGUCUGCCUGACUGUGCUUUGGUCUGAAUACGUCACCAGAUAAUGUUGACAUAUACAGUAUGUAGGAUCCUCAUUGUAUGGUUUGGUUUUGAGCCUUGUUUUUGCAAAAAGAUGUCCACAGAUUUUCUGAAUCUUUUAAAUAUAUUUUGUACUGUAGAUAAUGGAAUUCAUAAAUUCUUUACAGUACUCAGAAAUUGUGAAACUGCUACCCCAUGCGGUCUCUCACAGAGUAGUGAACCUCUUCCUAUCUCACUUCCAGGUGUAAUUUCUUUUAUUACAUAUGUUUUUCUGUAUUUUAUCAUCUGUAAUCCAAAUUUUUAAAAACAUGUUGCUUGCAUCGAAUUUACUUUGUAGGAAUUGAGGUUGUAAAUUUAGGGGGAAUUAGUUUGGUUGACUACCAUUCUUAUAAACUAACACGUUUCUUUUGUUUGUGUCUCUUUAUGGGUGUAUCAGUGGGCGAACAUACCCAGACUCCUGAUGUCUCAGUCAUGGAGGGGGAGACUUUGAGCAUCAGCUGCUGCUGGACAAGCGAUUUCACUGUAUGGAGAGUUCACUGGAUUAGAAAUCUGACAAAUGUCAAGAUUGAAGGUUUCAUCACAACAGACACGGUCCAUGUUUCAUCUGGCUGCUCAUCUUUGACCUUUUCAAACAUCACUAAAAAGGACUCAGGACAAUACAUCUGUGGUAUUCUGACUCAUGAAUCACGUUACUCAAGAAGAUGGUUUACAGGAAAUGGUACUGUGAUCACAGUCAGAGACCGAGAAGGGGCACAUUUCGGUACGUUAUCAUCACCCAACUCACUUUUUUAAAUAUAAGGAAACAACGAAAUUACAAAGAGGGGCUUGUUACAGCUUUGUGUUUAGUCUCCUUCUGCCUCUGCCUCCUCACUCACUCUUUGCUGUUUUCUGUGUGGUUAAAUUCCAGAAUCCUACAGUGAGAUUGGGUGGUUUGAAGUCUUGAGGUGUCUGCCCCUCCUGGCUCUCAUCUUGACUGUUUUCUGCAUCAAUAAGUGGGGGACCAAAGCUCAAAGACACACACCAGGUACAAUACAUCUCAUAGUUUUCUUGAAAAUGUUGAUGUUGCUGUACUGAUAAUACUCUGCCAAAUAAAUUUGGUUUUUACUUACAGUUGCUCCUGGAGGAACAGUCUCUGCAGCCCAAGGAAUAGAGGAAGUGGAAAUAGAGGACCAAGAAAUAUCCCUUCAGAACAUAGAGUAGAAAAUAAGAGCAAAAUUGAUUAUGGAAGUGUAUUAAAGAAAAUGUAUUAAAGCCAGUGUUUGAAUAAGAAUGCAUUUUCAGAAACUUGCAUAUUGUCUUGAAUGCUUAUAGUGCUUUCUGGAUAAGCUAUUGUUAAUCCUUUUUUUUUAAACGUGAGUGAUUUUUUGGGGGGAAUUUACUGUCAGGCUCUAAUCUGACUUUUAUUAACCUUUUUUGAAUGAGCUGAUAUCUUGUUUAAAAGUUAACUACAUUAACUCUGCCUUUUAAAUGUAGAUGUAAUGUUGAUUCGUAACAAAUCAGGAUUUAUGCUUGGAGGAGAGAGGACAGAAGUUAUACUCUUAGCUUUGCUUCUUGUGAUUCUUAUGGCCUCUUUUAUCCCUUUUGCUAUUAGAAUGUUCAAGAAUGGACAAGAAAAGGUUGCUGCAAUUUAACCAUAG